GGAAGUUCCCUGGAUGAGAUCGAGAGAUUGGUCGCGAUCCGGCGACCUUUUAAAUUGCACCGCACACAACACCCACUGUAUGUAGCGCAGUUUUUUCAGGUUGGGUUGCAUGUGCUUUUAUGAAGCGCAAGUCUAGUCCACAGGUAGAGUGGGACUAGAGGAGAAGAGGGAAGGAGAGUAGAGAUGAGUGGAAGUGGGUUUAUCUCACAAUAGUGCAGCCAGUGUUCUAAGCUUUUAUAUUCUUUAUUAUGUGCACAGAGAAGGGAGAAGAUAUGUGGCACUUGGAGCUCUUUAAUCUCUUUAUCCUGUCCAAGCAUUUAGGAUUUUUUUUGUUUUGUUUUGUUUUUUUAACUCCACACACAAAUAGGAAAUUUUGACCCAUAACUGUCUUAACUUUGGGGGCCAUGAGUCUGGACCCACAGCUGUCCCAGCAUUUGCAUUCUUAGCACCUGGACCCAUAGCUGUCCCAGCUCUAGGUCCCAGGAUGAGUACCCACAGUAGCGCAGUGUUUUGAGGUUGUACAUAUGUCCCAAGGGGUCCCAUGAUUGGAGUAGCCGACGUUGCAAUAGUGUAGAUCUAAUGUGUAACCACCAGUUAUAACACUUGCUUUUGAUUUUAUAUUUUGUUUUGUAUUAAUAUUACUUAUGUUAUUAUUUUUGUUAUUUAGAUAGGAUUAUUAUUAUUUAGAUAGGAAAAAAAACAAGAACGGUAUCGCGAUGGAGACGCAGCGGGAGAAGGAUGCCGCCCAGGCCCAGGAGGAGGACGGCGAGGGGGAGGACUCGGUCAUCGCACCCUCAGUGGACGAAAUCACGCCGGACUAUGUCUUGAAAUUGGAAAGACCGACAGAAGGUUUUUUGUGUUCCCUUGCCGAUAACACGUACGGGAUCGAGUUUACGGAAUUUGAGAUAAAGGAUUCAGAUACUGGCCGAAUUCUGUUCAGCGUUAAAAAGGACCCAAAUGCGUUGCCGCAAGCUGCGGACCUUGUUUCAGCAGAACUUGGGCCUGAGCGAGAGGCCGCUAUUCGCACCAUCCAGUAUUGUUUCCCGUUGGAGUUUUUUGAGUUCAAGACAAUACGGACGCUUUUGUCGUUUACUGUAGGAUCAAAGGGUGCACCGAAUCUCCGCAUGAUCGAGCGGCACUACCUGCGUGACAGGCUUCUUCGUGGUUACGACUUCUCGUUUGGAUAUUGCAUACCCAACAGCGUCAACACCUGGGAGGCAACCUACGAGCUUCCAGAGCUUGARGCGGAGCUGAGUAAGUUCUUCCCACACUUUGCUUCCAUAUUUAUGCCCUUUUGCGAACAAUAGCUACACCAUCUUCGUGUGUCCCACUACUUCGUUUCUUUUUCGGUAUGUUCAGUUUUUCUGUGAGGUUUGGCAUAGAAAGAU